CUAGCGGGAACAAAAGUAGAAACUAUAGCAGUCCAGCCCGAUAUUCCAACGAAAACCCAUCCACAGACCAGAAACCAACCUGAAGAGAAAACUAACUCAGGCACCUGCUCUGCUCACUCCCCGAACUCCAAAGCAGAUAGAUAAUCGAUUAGAGAGACCCAGGGAUAGCCGGAAUUAAAUUCGUCGGAGGCAUUUACUCUUACGUCUCUCCCUCUCUCCAUAUUGGAAUCCGAAAUCCGGAAAUAGCUCCUUCCUCCGAAUGCAUGGCGUCCCGUAUAAAUCCCCAUUUCCAGCAGCACGCGCCGUGUUUUGCUCUCCUACAAUUACAAAACCCUAAUACCCUUCUUCCCUCCAUUCUCCCUCCAUUCUCUUCUUCCUCAUCAUCGUUUCCUCCUUCCUCCUUGACUAUCCACAAGAUGUCUUGUUACAGUCCUUCGCGCCGCAGCUUUGUUACCGUCAACGCUCACAUGACCACUGAGGAGAAGCCCGUCUCGCAGAACAGGAUGCUCGUUUAUGUGCCUCCUCACCCGCUGAUCAAGCACUGGGUUUCCGUAUUGAGAAACGAGCAGACUCCUUGUCCCAUUUUCCGGAAUGCUAUGGCUGAACUUGGAAGGUUACUUUUGUAUGAAGCUUCACGGGAUUGGUUGCCUACUGUUUCCGGGGAGAUCCAGUCACCCAUGGGAGUUGCCUCAGUUGAAUUUAUUGAUCCAAGAGAACCAGUGGCGGUUAUUCCUAUUUUGAGAGCUGGUCUUGCUCUGGCAGAGCAUGCAUCUUCUAUCUUGCCAGCAAUGAAGACCUACCAUCUAGGGCUAAGCCGUGAUGAGGAGACACUUCAACCAACUGUAUACCUGAACAAGUUGCCUGACAAGUUCCCAGAAGGGUCUCGUGUGUUUGUGGUAGACCCUAUGCUGGCAACAGGUGGAACUAUAGUGACUGCUAUUGAGCAUGUUAAGAAGCGAGGGGUAACUAACCAGCAAAUCAAAGUGAUUUCGGCUGUGGCCGCUCCUCCAGCCCUACAAAAGCUUAGCGACAAGUUCCCUGGGCUCCACGUUUACACGGGGAUCAUUGAUCCCACUGUCAAUGAGAAAGGGUUUAUUAUUCCUGGACUUGGAGAUGCAGGGGAUAGGAGUUUUGGCACCUAAAAGCAAGAUUGUGCCCAUUAAGUCUGUAGUCCUGAAAUCUCGAGCCUGCAGUUUUGUUUAUAGAUUUGAGCAAUUGUGGUAUGUACAUUCACUUUCGUCCGCAGAAAGCCAAAAGUCAUUUGAAUGCUCUACUAAGUUACUUCGUAUCAGUUAUCAAUCAUCUCUCGUCAAACAGACCAUCAUUUAUCAAUAGUACAUUCACUUGUCCUAAAAGAAAUUGGCCUACGAUGUCAAAUGUCUUCGAAGGGGAGGAGAAAUGGAAGAAAUGCAGAAGGAAAGAGCAGCCUACUGAUUGGACUGUUUUGUUUUUAUUUUGUUUAUUUACUAUUUAGUAUUUACUCAAACCCUUCACGGAUAAUUUUAGCAUAAUGUUUAUUUUUUGUUUAAAUCUGUUAGAAUUUUUAAAUUAUUCAAAUCUAUUAAAAGAUUAUUAAUUAG